GUCACGUGCAGCAGCUUAAUCUGUCUCAGUCGAAAAGGAGGACAAAGGUCCCGCCACAGCUUUUACUAUGCAGUAAAACUAACCAGUGGCAACCUUCACACAAAGGAACUCGGCAAGGAGCAGGCUGGUGCGUCUGGAGAGGUGGCGAGAACCAACAGGCCGAGGAGGAGGGGCCCUGCUGCUGGCAGCAGCCCUCCAGGUGCCCAGCAAGAGGCAGGUUGGGAAUUCUGCCCACUCGGAGCUCUAUUUCCCCACCCACCACAGGAGCAACUGGAAAGGCAGACUCAGGAAGCUCUGCAGCCGGAGAGCUCAGGAGGGGAGACUGGAGGCAGAGUCUCAACGGGACAGGGCACCACUUCUCCACACCCCAGCAGCAGAGAGAGCCUCGACCAUGCCUUAAAGGGAGACGGAUGCCUCUGGGGGAGCCACAGGAGCAGAUCUUGGGGAUGGUGAGGCCUGCAGGAGACAUCAUGGCCAGGAUGCAGAAGGAAGAGAGUCUGGAGGUACCAAAGGGCACUGAGCCACAUGUGUUGCCAGAGGCCUCCCAGUCUCGAGCAGAGGCACUUCUUGCCAGCCAGGCGCCCAACCCCAAAGUCCAGGCAUUAUCAUCAUCCUCAGCAGCAGCAGCAGCAGCGGGGAACGUGAAACUCCGCCAGUCACAGAAGAGGGACCUGAUCAGGAGCAUGGGCAGGGGCAGCAGAGGUUCAGGGAACUGGGAUGUGAGCUCUGACACAGCCAGGCUCUCCAUAGGCCGGGGCAGCGCGCGGCGCAGAGGUCUGAAGGAGGUUCUGCUGCAGAGCAGUGGAGCCGAGGGCGCUAUGUGGCUUGCAGCUGCUCAGAAGAUAGCCAGCAGCAGCAGCAGCCCUGCCUUGGGGAUGCAACAAGAGCUGGAGCAGAGGUUGGAACAGAGCCCUGAGGACUUGUCCUUAGCCCUAGACCCCCUCGAGCAUGAGUGGAUGCUGACUGUGGCCCAGGGGGACCCUGAGAGCAUCGUGAGGUUGCUAGACGUGGAUCCCAGCCUGCUGAACAGGAGAGAUUUUGUGACAGGGUUCACUGCCCUCCACUGGCUGGCCAAGCAUGGCCACCACGAGGCCCUGAUCGAGGUGAUCACCUGUGCAGAGAAGAAGGGCUACCACGCAGAUGUCAACAUUCCCACGGCCAGUGGGGGGCUGACACCCCUGCAUCUGGCUGCCCUGCAGGGACACGAGAUGGUCAUCAAGGUGUUGGUGGGAGCCUACGGUGCCAACACGAGCCUGCGGGACCACAGCGGCCACAAAGCCUGGCAGUACCUGAGAGCAGACGCCUCCAGGGAGCUGAAGGAGCUGUCAGGGGCUUUAGAGGAAGACCUGGCCCAGCUUGGUGUGUGGAACACCAACAACAACUGCAUGUCGUCCAGACAGGCUGGUGGCUCUGGUGCUGAAUGGCGGACCCAGGUGUUCCCCAGACUGCCAUCCUUCAGGAGCAUGUUCAGACAGGCACUUUCAUUCUUCCAAGACCUUUAAAUUGUCCUUUGUGGCUAAGAAUCAGUUUGAUGUUGCCUGUGAACUAGGUUUUAAAGAGCAGCUUGGCUGGGGCUGGGGCGCAGGGAAGGAGAGCAGGGGGCUGCAGUGGGGUGGCAGAGGGUUGGUACUGGAGACUUGCUGAGCCGGGACUAACCAAUGGCAGCUGGUGCACUGAGAUUACUCGAGAGCCAUUGGCUAAGGCUUCUGCAAACCUGCACAGGCUUGGAGCCUGCCCAUAGAUGUUUGUGCCCCAUUCCCCUGGCAGGCCACUGUUUAGCAAUCGUGCUCGCGUAGCUGGGGGCAGGAUUUGCUCUGCAGUAACUAUUCUGCUUGUACAAUGGAAGCCUCUUACUGUAACAAUUCCCCUGCUGCCGAACCUCUCCAGCAUGAAUGGAGACCCGGAAGUGCAGCCUGCCAAUCCCAGCCCUCACGCAAGUGCCCCGCACAGGCCCCUUUACUCAGGUUUUGCACAGUUGGCCAGGGCAUGGUUCUAUAAGCAGAGCAUCGGGCUAAGCGGGCUCCUCUGCUUUGUUUACAUGGUUUCCCUGCCUGCUCCAGCGCUGUCACUGAGAACAGCAGGAUGGAAAGAGGUGCUGGUUUACCUUUAGUCUUCUGCUCUUGCUGCUUACGGUGUCUCUCUCUGCCCAAAGGCACAAAUCACAGGAUGGAGUGGCAGAGGAAGUGCAGUCUUGUGGUUAAAGCACAGGACAGGAUGGAGAACUUGGAGUCUAUUUCUGGCUAUGGAAAAAGCUUUUCACAUGACUUUGGUCAAGGCACUUCAUCUCUCUGUGCCUCAGUUUCCUCUUUUCCAAACGAGGAUAACGCCCCGUCCCUACUUCACAGUGAGGGUGUAAGAUUAGCGUGAUUAUUGUCUGCAGGGUGCUCGGAGGGCCUUGGACACGUUAGCAGCGUGUCAUUACACAUUCCACAGUGACUCACUGAGAUGUCACAGAGGAUUUGGAUUUCAGGUGGGGAAUAAGCAGCCACUGAAACUCCGAAAACAAAAAUCCUCUUUUCAUGACAUGUCUCUGCUAAGGAAGAACACGGAGGAAAAAUACAGAAAACAGGUAAUGCCACUAAACUACAUAUGCCUUCAAAAUGCCCUGGGAAGUAUCAUGUGCAUUUCUUUUCCUAGAAGCUAUUUGCUGGGUCAAAUAAAAGCUUAAGUCCCCAAUUUGACUCUGGUGGUGGAGCAGAGAGUAAAUGGUGGAGUGAAGAGGCGCAGCUUGUUUAAGCAGCUCUGGCACUCCCAAAGGACGAACAGAACGUGGAGAAAAGAACGGGAACUAGAAACUCUCAGACAUCCUCUCUACACCUGGGUUUGAAGAUUUUAAACUAUUAAACGGAGCCCUGGAUGGGAGGGAAAGGGGGCCAGAUUAGGUGGAAGUUACUGUAGGUGGGUUCCAUGCAGACAGGGCCGGUGCAAGGAUGUUUCACGCCCUAGGGGAAACUUCCACCUUGCGCCCUCCCACGCCGUGUCCCCCACCCUGAGGCACCCCCCUCCCCUCCGUGUCAGCUCCUCCCCUCUGCCCUGAGGCACCCCCCUUGUGGGAAUUCCCCUGCGUGCCUCCCCUCCACCCUUACUUGCUGCAGGCGGCCCUCCCCUCGCUCCCCUGCCCCAGCUCCCUCCGCCUAAAUGCCGCGGCGACCAGGGCGGCCGAAGAUCCGGCCUCUGCAGUCUCUGCCGAAGAAAAUGGCGCCCCCCAAAUCCUAGUGCCCUAGGCAACCGCCUAGGUUGCCUAAAUGGUUGCACUGGCCCUGCAUGAGGAAAGGAACUUAGAUCAGAUUCCUACAGGAAGGAGGAGCUGGUGACACAUUGUUCUGAGAAAUGGAGAGUACAUAGAUAAGAACAACAAACUACGGUACAGAGGGCAUGUGGUGAAAUGACACUCCAGCGAGACAAAGAAGGGCGUGGGUCCUAAUCCCCCUUUCUGAUGUAUCACUGCUCAGAUUUGUAUAUGAACCCAUAUUGGUGUAAUAACAUCAGCAGCUUUAAAACAGGUGAAAGUUCCCAGAAGCAAACUUACCUAGAGACAGCAGCAUUGGGCAUGGACAUACACUUGUGCAACUUUUAGAAGAGAAGACAGUCACAGAUAGCCUAGAAUUCAUGCGUUCAAUGCUGGCAGUAAAGAACUGGCUAGCUCUUAAAACAUCACCACUAGUACCAUUUUUACCAAAACAAAACAGAAGUGGAAUCUGAGAACACAAAAGCAGUGCAUUGCAGCAUGGAGAAAGCACUUUUCCAGGGAAAUCCACUAAAGCAUUCAUUCAAAACCUGCAUAACCGAAGGCUAUAAAUAUCAUACUUGUACAUGUUAAUGAUUAGCAGUUUCACCAAUGCAUAGGUGAAAUCAAAGGCAAUAUUAACACAGUUACUCUCAGCAGGAAAAUGGCAGUACUCCCACAGAAUGAAGCACUGUAAUUGCAGCCUGCUUUAUCAAAUACUUUGGGCAGAAAACUGAUGGUUUUGGUGCAUUAAGUAUUG